UGUGGUUUAGGAAGCAUAAUUUUUUGGAGUCUGUCUAGAUCUGAGUUUAAAUCCUGGUGUUGCUCCUUUGUCAGCUUCUUCAAGGUACCUCACCGCUCCAAGCACAGCCUCUUCAGCAGAGUGGCAGUUGUGAGUGCCUCGCACACUGUAGAAGAUCCUGAGGUGCAGAGGCAAUUCCCGGAGGACUACAGUGACCAGGAAGUUCUACAGACUUUGACCAAGUUUUGUUUCCCCUUCUAUGUGGACAGCCUCACAGUCAGCCAAGUUGGCCAGAACUUCACGUUCGUGCUCACUGACAUUGACAGCAAACAGAGAUUCGGGUUCUGCCGCUUAUCUUCAGGGGCGAAGAGCUGCUUCUGUAUCUUAAGCUAUCUCCCCUGGUUCGAAGUGUUUUAUAAGCUGCUUAACAUCUUGGCGGAUUACACGACCAAAGGCCAGGAAAAUCAGUGGAAUGAACUUCUUGAAACUCUGCACAAACUUCCCAUUCCUGACCCAGGAGUGUCUGUUCAUCUCAGUGUGCAUUCUUAUUUUACUGUGCCUGAUACCAGAGAGCUUCCCAGCAUACCUGAAAAUAGAAAUCUGACGGAGUACUUUGUGGCUGUGGACGUCAACAACAUGUUACACCUGUACGCCAGUAUGCUGCAUGAGCGCCGGAUCCUCCUCACCUGCAGCAAGCUCAGCACCCUGACUGCCUGCAUCCACGGGUCGGCCGCGAUGCUCUACCCCAUGUUCUGGCAGCACGUGUACAUCCCCGUCCUGCCCCCACACCUGUUGGACUACUGCUGUGCUCCCAUGCCCUACCUCAUAGGAAUCCAUUUAAGUUUAAUGGAGAAAGUCAGAAACAUGGCCCUGGAUGAUGUCGUGAUCCUCAACGUGGAUACCAACACCCUGGAAACCCCCUUUGAUGACCUCCAGAGCCUCCCAAAUGACGUGAUCUCUUCACUGAAGAACCGGCUGAAGAAGGUCUCCACAACCACUGGCGACGGGGUGGCCAGGGCCUUCCUCAAGGCCCAGGCGGCUUUCUUCGGCAGCUACCGAAACGCCCUGAAAAUUGAGCCGGAGGAGCCGAUCACCUUCUGUGAAGAAGCCUUUGUAUCCCAUUAUCGCUCAGGAGCCAUGAGGCAGUUCCUACAGAAUGCCAUCCAGCUGCAGCUCUUCAAACAGUUUAUUGAUGGUCGACUGGACCUUCUCAAUUCUGGCGAAGGUUUCAGUGACGUUUUUGAAGAGGAGAUCAGCAUGGGCGAGUACGCUGGCAGUGAUAAACUCUACCAUCAGUGGCUCUCCACAGUCCGGAAAGGAAGCGGAGCGAUUCUGAAUACCGUAAAAACAAAAGCAAACCCAGCCAUGAAGACUGUCUAUAAGUUUGCAAAAGAUCAUGCAAAAAUGGGAAUAAAAGAGGUGAAAAACCGCUUGAAGCAAAAGGACAUCACCGAGAAUGGCUGUGCCCCCACCAUGGAAGAGCAGCUGCCAAAGACUGUGCCGUCCCCACUGGUGGAGGCCAAGGACCCCAAGCUCCGAGAAGACCGGAGGCCAAUCACAGUCCACUUCGGCCAGCCACAAAGACGCCGUCCCGCUCGCCCGCCGCCUCCCAAGAUACAGCGCUGGAGGCCCGUGCGCCCUCCCCGUCCACAUGUGGCGAAGAGACCAAAGAGCAACAUCGCAGGGGAAGGCCGACGGACUUCUGUCUCCAGCCCUGAGCACCUGGUAAAGCCCUUGCGACACUAUGCGGUCUUCCUCUCCGAAGACUCCUCUGACGAUGAAUGCCAGCGGGAAGAGGGCCCGAGCUCUGGCUUCACCGAAAGCUUUUUCUUCUCCGCUCCCUUUGAAUGGCCUCAGCCAUACCGGACACUCAAGGAGUCCGACAGCGCAGAAGGUGAAGAACCAGAGAGUCCGGAGCAGCGAGGCCGGGAGCCCACAGGCCCUGCCCCAGCUCCCCAUGACCGGGCCUCCAGCAUCGACCUCCUGGAAGAUGUCUUCAACAACCUGGACAUGGACGUCCCGCUGCAGCCACUGGGCCAGGCCAAGAGCUUGGAGGACCUUCGGCCCCCCAAAGACCUGAGGGAGCAGCCAGGAACCUUUGACUAUCAGAGGCUGGACCUGAGCAGGAGCGACCGGAGCCGUGGGAUGCCAGUGGCCUUGAAGCUCACCCACCCGUACAACAAGCUCUGGAGCCUGGGCCAGGACGACAUGGCCCUCCCCAGCAAGCCGCCGGCCAGCUCCCCCGAGAAGCCCUCACCCUUGCUUGGGAGCUCCCUGGCUCUGCCCCGCAGGCCGCUGCCCCAGGACAGCAUCCUGAACCCCAGUGACAAGGAGGAGGCGCCCACCCCCACUCCGGGCAGCAUUACCAUCCCCCGGCCCCAGGGCAGGAAGACCCCAGAGCUGGGCAUCGUGCCUCCGCCCCCCACUGCCCGCCCUGCCAAACUUCAGGCUGCCAGCGCUGCCCUCGGGGACUUCUCAGAGCAGCCGGCUGAGCAGGACAGGCGAGCUCCCCUGAGUCCGGCCCCGUUCCCCGGGCUCCUCCCCAGCGCCGCCUCCCAAGGCCCCACUGAACGGCUGCAGCCCCUCAGCCUGGGCCCAGGGGCUGCAGGCACGAGCGGGGACUCCCUGCUGGCCCUCCUGGACCCACUUAACACAGCCUGGCCAGGCAGUACCCUUCCACCAGGACCCCCAGCCCCGAAUGUAGCCACCUCAUUCACUCCCCAGUUCAGCUUCCCCCCAGCAGGGACCCCCACCCCAUUUCCACAGCCGUCGCUCAAUCCCUUUAUGCCAUCUAUGCCAGCGGCUCUGCCCGCCAUGCCCCUGGUUUCCACAUCAGCCGGGCCUUUUGGGGCCCCUCCUCCUUCCCUGGGGCCAGCUUUUGCCCCCAGCCUCCUGCUGUCCAGUUCUGGCUUCUGUGUCCCACAUAGAUCUCAGCCCAACCUGUCUGCUCUCUCCAUGCCCAACCUCUUCGGCCAGAUGCCCAUGGGUGCCCACACCAGUCCCCUGCAGCCCCUGGGCCCCCCAAUGGUUGCCCCUUCAAGGAUCCGAACGUUGCCCCUGGCCCGCUCAAGUGCCAGGGCCGCUGAGGCCAAGCAAGGGCUGGCCCUGAGGCCCGGAGACCCCCCUCUCCUUCCUCCCAGACCCCCGCAGGGCCUGGAGCCAGUACUGCAGCCCUCAGCUCCUCGAGAGGCCGAAGACCCCUUUGAGGAUUUGUUACGGAAAACCAAGCAGGAUGUGAGCCCGGCCCCGGCCCCAGGCUCAGUAGAGCAGCUCAGGAAGCAGUGGGAGACCUUCGAGUGAGCCGGGCGCCGAGAGCUAGGGCAAGCAGGGCCCCGCCGAGCCGCCUCCCGCCGUGCUCCGAAGCUGGCCAGCUGCUCCUCCUGCCAGUCUGUUUCUGCCCAGGUUCUACCGGCGGGAAGGGAUGGGACCCCUCUCUGCCACCCCUCUUUCCCUCCACGCCACCCAUCUCUGAGGUCUGGCCGCUAGAUAAUGGUGCCAGUUCUGGCCUGGGAAUGGACCCAGCUCCUGGGCACCCACCUCACCCUGCCACCACCCCUCCCCUACACCCUUGAUUAGGUUUUGCACUAAAGAGGUCAGCUGGGCGAAUGACUGCCCCGACCAAGUCCUACCUGCCAUCCCGCUGGAAACUCCCACCGGGGAGCCCCAGGACUCCACAAGGCCUCGCCUCCCCAGCUCUGUUCUCUUGCCCCAGCGGCAGCCUGGCCCUGCACAGCCCCUCCGGGACCAGCACGGGCGCCAGUGGUGGCCUCAGUGUGGGCUCGUCUGCACCAGACACGUGGUGUGGAGUUUGGAGUAAGGAGCCCCCUUCCCGGGCUGGAGAGCCCGCCCAGAAGGGCAUUUGCAGCCCUCUCUGGCAUUACUCACACUCAUUUCUCUCUUUCUUGAGUCUUCACUCCAACCCCAACCUUCAGUUGUUCCUGGCUUGGUAGGGGUUUGGGGCAGAGGGAUCCUUGGGAACCCUCUGGUAGCCAAACCCAGCCCCAGCCAGCCCUGCGUGGGGGCUGGGAGCACCAGCAACACUGAUUUGUGGAAGGAAAGGAUAGCAGCAGGUAAACUGAGUGCAUUAGGAGGAGUCAGGCCGCCAUCCUGCGCUCCCUCGAGUGUCCUCACACGGGACUCCAGGGGAGGAGCUGAGAAGCAGGCACCGGAGCCCCACUGGGAAGCCAAGCUUAAUGCCCCAGACAGACGCAAGAGUCCCAGCUGCUGAUCAGGAAUGGGCAGGGACGCUGAGCCCUUCUCCAGGCCCGGGGGAGUGGAUGAACUUGGCUUCUUGCAGCCUGGAGGCCGGAGAAGGGCCCGGAGCCACCCCCUCCCCCGCCCACAUAGCGUAGAAAUUCCUGAGGCCAAUGUCACCAAAGCUAAAUUGAAAUGUUUUGUUAUUGUUUCUUUUAUCUAUCUUUUCCUUUCUACUUUAUUGAUUUGAUGAAUCUUAAAAUUGACUAGUUUCAAUAAAUCAAGUUAAAAUAUGGCCCAACCAUUUAAGAAAACAACCAUCUGAGACAUGCAGGAAAUUGUGAGCAUUUUGACCUGAUUUCUCAUUUCCUAUUUGUGAAUGGUCAGACACAGAGUCUCAGAGGUGUCUGACGGGGCCAGGGGACUCCUGGGGGCCCCCGGAACCCCAAGGGGCCUUGUCAUUGUCUGAGAGACCCUGUGUGGGACCAGGAGGGCUGGCCCUGAGUUUCUCGGACCCCGGGUGUGGAGAGCUACUGGCCCAGCACGCAGUCCCUCCCUGCGUCGGUCAUGGCCCCUUGGGCAAGCCCUCUUGCCCGAGUGUUCUCUGCCCGCUAAGGUGGAGAGGGAGCCACGCGGUGUCCGGGCACGUGGGCACCUCCAGGGUUCUCAGGUGUUUUCACACCGGUUCCAGAUCCACCCACCCAUGCCGGGCGGACCCCUGAGCCCCAUCAGGGACAAAGCGUAGAUAAGGGGUACUGCGGGGCCCCAGGGAAGCAGAGCCCACCCUGUGGUCGCUCUCCCUGGCUGUGCUGGGGGCUGGUGGCGAGCAGCCGGGGAGAGCACUGCUGUGUCUUCACUGGCCGGAUUGAAUUUGCACCCAAGGAUGAGUGUUGUGUGUGAGUUCAAUAAAAUCUUCUUGGGGAGAA